GGUCUAUGCGAUUUUGUUUAUUUACCUUUGUACGUGCUCAUGUCAGAAGCCUAGAAAAUGCAGAAUAAAUUAAACGUAGAUAAGGAAAUUAAACUUAUAGUUUAGUAAGCAACUUUUUACACGGAAAAAUUUUGUUUUAUAUAUUGGCCACACUCACUGUGUUAAACCAUGCUCACUAGAAUACUCUGCUAACUAUACGGACAUUUUAAAUCUAUAUAAUAAAAAUGUCAGCAUUUGAUAAUAAGCCUCUAACAGAUGCACAAAAAGCAAGAAUAGAACGAAAUAGGGAGAAGGCGUUAUUACUAAAACAAACCAGGCUACUACCACAUCCAUCAGCUGAUAUCAAUGCUGAAUUAGUUGAGAAAACAACAGUAAAAGUUUCAGGAAGUAGAUUUAUUGAUUCUGGUGGUGGUUUCUUACUUGAGGAAUUUGACAAUACUGAUAAAAAUAAAUUAAAGAUAUCUGAAGAAUUAGUUUUGCAUUUACCUGUAGCAUACAAAAACUGUUUGGAAUGUAAUGAAAAGUUUGCAGAAUCAUACUUGUUCACUCACUUUGAUUAUCAUGUUUGUGAUAACUGCAGAGACAGUGAAGACAAACACUCCUUGAUUACUAGAACCGAUGCAAAAAAUGAAUAUUUACUGAAAGAUUGUGACUUAGAUAAGCGCGAACCUCUACUUAAAUAUAUAUCUCGAAAAAAUCCACAUAAUCCUAGAUGGGGUGAUAUGAAGUUGUACUUGCACUUACAAAUUGAGAAACGUGCUUUAGAAGUUUGGGGAUCUGAAGAACAGUUAAUGCUGGAAAAAGAACAACGAGAAAUUAAUAGAGAAAAAACAAAAAUGAAGAAAUAUAAUAAGCAACUUAAGCAACUUAGAAUGAACGUACGAAGCAGUCUAUAUAACAGAACUUCUGCAUCUAGCCAUACUCAUGCUUUUGGGCCUGAAACUUACAAUGCUGAUGAAGAUAACUAUACACAUAGUUGUACUACUUGUGAAUAUGUUGAAACUUUUGAAAAAAUGUAACAAUUUUUGCAUAAAUUGUAUAAUGGUUAACCACUUCAAAUAAGAAAUAAAAAGAAAAUGCA